GCACGUUGUGUGUGUGUGUGUGUGUGUGUGUGCGUAUUUAUGAAUGAAACAGUUCUGCCCUUUCUUCCCCCUCCCCACUCCUCGUUUAGUUUUAGUUUAAUUUGGUCGCCAGGCAGCUCCCGCCUCUCAAGCCUCCGAUUGGCUGCCUCGAGGUUCCAACCCCGCCCCCUUCUGGCGACAUCGCUGGGGGGCUGGAGGGGAGUGGGGAAGCGGGCGGGGGGCAGAGAGCGACGCUUUUUCAAGCCUCUGCGCUCCGCGGCAGGGGCGGCGGCGGCAAAGAGGCCACGCCAGUCUCCCGCCUCCAGGCAGUCGAGUCGACCCGGGGAGAGCCGCUGCAGCCCUUCCAUGCCCCCUGGGGAUUGGGCAGCCCACUUCAGCCCGGGAAGAAUCAUGCCCUUGGAGAAGGAUGAGCCCAGUUGGAAGAAACGAGCUGAAGACAUCCGGGAGAUCUAUGAAUUCCGGGAAGUGCUGGGCACGGGUGCCUUCUCAGAGGUGGUGCUGGCUGAAGAGAAGUUGACCCAGAAGCUGGUGGCCAUCAAGUGCAUUGCGAAGAAAGUGUUGGAAGGGAAGGAGACCAGCAUUGAGAAUGAGAUUGCUGUGCUGCACAAGAUCAAGCACCCUAAUAUUGUGGCCCUGGAUGACAUCUAUGAGAGUGGGGAGCAUCUCUACCUCAUCAUGCAACUAGUCUCAGGUGGGGAACUCUUUGACAGGAUUGUGGAGAAGGGGUUUUACACCGAGCGGGAUGCCAGCCAGCUCAUCCAACAGAUCCUUGAUGCUGUCAAAUAUCUGCAUGACAUGGGCAUCGUCCAUCGUGACCUGAAGCCUGAGAAUCUGCUAUAUUACAGUCUGGAUGAAGACUCCAAAAUCAUGAUAAGUGACUUUGGGCUAUCAAAGAUUGAAGGCUCAGGCAGUGUCAUGUCCACAGCGUGUGGGACUCCUGGCUAUGUGGCUCCUGAGGUGUUGGCACAGAAGCCCUACAGCAAGGCCGUUGACUGCUGGUCUAUUGGAGUCAUCGCCUACAUCUUACUGUGUGGCUACCCUCCAUUCUACGAUGAGAACGACACAAAGCUCUUUGAGCAGAUCUUGAAGGCGGAGUAUGAAUUCGACUCCCCCUACUGGGAUGACAUUUCGGAAUCAGCCAAAGAUUUCAUCCAGCAUUUAAUGGAGAGAGACCCCAAGAAACGCUUCACCUGUGAACAGGCACUGCAGCAUCCUUGGAUUGCUGGAGACACGGCAUUGGACAAGAACAUCCAUCAAUCAGUCAGCGAGCAGAUCAAAAAGAAUUUUGCUAAGAGCAAGUGGAAGCAAGCCUUCAAUGCAACUGCUGUGGUAAGGCAUAUGAGGAAGCUACACCUUGGAACCAGUCAAGAGGGACCUGGUCAAGCCAUUCAGGAGAGCAACGGCUCAGCUUCUAGUAGCAGCGAGGAGUCCUUGGGGAAUAACUCUCACCGUCAACCUCAGGACUGAACGCUCCUUGGUGGACAGAAGGACAGAUGGCAGUGCCAGCACCAAUCCAUAGCUGGGUGGGCAGAUCCAAGCCCAAUUUUGCCAUGCUGCCACCAGCAGAGCCAGGAAGGGUCUGGGACUGCCACCACACUCCUCCCUGCAAAGUGUGGCCGAAUCCCCAUUGCAGGGGGAAUUGAAAGCUCUUCCUGUUAAGCUGCAUCUCCCCAAACCUGGAGGUGGGAGCUGAUCCCUUAGGAACCACACACUUCCCUGGAGAUGCUUCUCCCUUGCUCCGCCAUAGAAUGGCCCGUCCCUCAGCCUCCUGUCCAGAUCUCGAAAAGAAAUACCCUAUGGCCCUUUACAGCACUGGGUCACUGAAGGGGCUGUUUCCAGCUCUUCAUCUAAUCGUAGAGCUAGAAGGCACGAAAAAUGUUAAGCGAGUCCCCUAAUCAGUCCAUGCAAACAAGUGAGCCCUAAGCAGAGAGAAGAUGCAUUGUGUGAAGGGGCCUGCAGCACCGCCAGCUCCAGCUGCCACAAGUCUCACACAUUAGGGGAGGGUAAAGCUGCUUCAUUUAGUGGAGGAGCAGCUGCUCUAUCUUGUAGCCUCUCACAGCAAGCCCUUGUGGGGAGUGGGGGGCUCCUCCAGGCAGGAGGAAUUAUGUCUUUCUGCCAUCAUGAAGUAUUGAGCUGGCCUGGAGGAGCAUUUGGUUGGUUUGACUGUAGCCCUCAAAACACACCUGCUAUUUUUCCUGUCCCAAGGAGAACUUGUAGGGUGAGGGAGAAACACAGUGCUGAAGAUUUUCAGUGUGUUUCAGGAUGAACUGAGGGAAAUGCCAACUGUGGCGGACACCCAGUGAUACAUAGGCAUUAGCCAGUAACCCCUCUACUCCUGGAACAGUUUUGCAGUUGUUUUUUAAAUGUUUGUGAUUGGGGUGGUUGAAGAGGUAAGUGAAGAAUGAAUACAUGCACCCCUGUGUGUGUGUUUCAACAUUUAAGCAAACAAACCCAAAACCAAAUAGUUAGGAAGCCCACCUAAGAUCUGAGGGAAAGGCGGCCACACCUCCAUGGCAUGGGAACCAACUCAUCAAAUCCAGCGUUCAACUUGUUGGCCUGUAUGUUUGCAACACCAAAAGCCCACUGUGCCUGCUCUUACGAAGCUGUGUCUGUCUUCAGCCAAUCUGGCCCUGGCACCACCCAGCUGGCAGAACCAGGAUUCUUUCCAUGGUCCGGUCCUCCUUCCCUUGCUGACCCUCCUCAUCUCGAAGCUCACAGGUCCUCACUUUUCUCUCCUGUUCUUUCUCUCCACCCUCUUGGUUCAAGGAGAACUUUCGAACUUGAAGUUUCUAUUUUGUUGCUUGUUCUUGUAUUAAAAAGGAAGGAAGUGCA